CACUUCCUUUUCUCUGCUGAAAUCUGAGAUUGAUGGGUCAGAAUUUGGUUUUGUUGAAAUAAGGAAUCCUGCUUCUAAAGGAUAGUUAAAGUAAGAUGGAAAUCAUUUUGCGUCACACGUCUGAAUCUUUCUAGGAUGAAGAGAACAGGUGAAGUAAAUAGAUUUAAGAAAUUUGUGUGCAAGAAGUGAAGAUCGAAAACGGAGGUAUUGAAAAAAACCCAGCCUUCAGAUUUUGAUAUUACAGCUACACAUUCAUAAUGAAGCUGAAUGUAUUUCUUCUCCUCUGUUUUACUGGUCUUGCCACAGUCAAUGUAUUCCAUGUGCGAACAGUCCAUCAUAAAUAUUACCUAAUAAAGACAUCCGCAACAUGGUCCAGUGCACAGAGUUACUGCAGGGAGAAGUACACUGACCUGGCGACAGUUGUAACUACUGAUGAUUGGAUAAGAUUUAACAAAGAAGAAGCAAGCCAAGGUCUGACAUCUUUGGCCUUGAUUGGAUUGUACAACAAUAUCAAUAGCUGGCGCUGGUCCUUAAAUGAGCUCCCACUGAAGAAUGUCACUUUCAGUAAGUGGGGAUCUGGAGAACCCAAUAAUUAUGGUGGGAAAGAAUCGUGUGCUUUAAUAAUGGGAAAUGGAUACUGGAGGGAUGCACCAUAUCAAGAACUUCAUUACUUCAUUUGCUACAAUGCAAGUUUCAGUGGUGCUGACAGGUUCAUUGGCAUCAGUACUCUUCUGACCUGGCCUCAAGCUCAGGCUUACUGCCGAAGACAUCACACAGACUUGGCCAGCGCUUUUAACAGUUCAGACAAUGACUUUAUAUUGCAGGUAAGGAAUAUCCAGGGUGAUUCCUGGAUUGGGCUCUACAGAGAGACAUGGAAAUUUUCAGAAGGGACCAUCGCUACAAACCUACCAUGGGGUUCUGGAGAACCUAAUAAUGCUGGUGGUGUUGAGAAUUGUGCAGGAGUUUCUAAGGGACUGCUCUAUGAUGUUCGCUGCACCAACUUGUACUAUUUCUUCUGUCACACUAUUCUACCAGUGAGGGAACAGCAGAUAGUGAGACUGCAGGUGAAGUCUGAUGGCAGUGUGUUAGAUCCUGCUGUACAGUCGUCUAUUUUAGAGCAGGUGAAACAGAAACUGGAAGAAUAUGGAAUGCUGGAGAACACCACAGUGACCUGGAGGGUGCAGCCAGAUGGAAACAUCUUCCAGAAGAGAAACAAAGAUGAUCUGUAA